GAUGACAGCUCAACGUCAACGGAUUUUUACUGCGUUGUUUUGCGUCGUUUCAGCCAAAAAGGUUUUGGCUUGUUUUUCCCCUUGUGCGGCAACGCGUUGUUGUAAUGUUUUCGCCCGGAAUGCAUCGUACCCGGUGCAUCGUCGCAUUAGUGUUGUAAAUCGUCGUGUAAUAAAUCGCAUCCCGCAAACGAUCCAACCGCCGCCUGUGUGUGUGUGCUUGGCGUGAACCGAGCAGUUAGGAUUGCAUCCCCCCGUCGCUUUGUUUACAUCCACGUGCGUUGGUGCACUUGUUUGGCGACGAUCUGUGCUGUUUCGGGGAGUUUCGGCGAGCGGUUCAUGUUUCUUGGUGGCCGGCAAACAUGGGUGCCAGCUCCGCCAGUGCCAUCAACAUGAUGGACACGAUGGACGAUCACGUCUACUGCAACUCGACCACAACGACGGUAGCCGCUCCGGUGACGGUGACUUCCCCGAGUGCCGUCAGUACGUCAACCACCGCAACGACGGUGGCGGCUGGGUCGCGCGAACUACCGAAGCUGGCUAUCGUCGCCCAGGAGUCGUCCAGUAGCGAUGAUCAGUUCCAGCAAUCGUCCCCGUCGCAGUAUUCACCGUCACCGUCAUCACCGUUGCCAUCGUCACCGCAGCCGGCAUCACCUAGACCAUCGUCACCGGUGCCGUCCUCAUCGGUACCGUCCUCAUCGGUACCGUCCUCACCGGCGCCAUCCUCUCCGUUGCCUUCGAUGGAGGAUGAAACACUUAUGAUGGAGGACGAUGAAACGCAACCGGAAGUGCCGUACCCGGUGGAAGAUCAUGUACAGAUCAAGGAGGAACCGUGUGAGAAUGAAGCGGAAGCAGAGUUUGUGAAUGAUGUGUACGAUUACGGAGCGCAUAACGGGAACGACCACGAGCUGAUCAACCCGGACGAAAGCGAGUACGACGAGGAGGAAAGUGAGGAGGAUGGUGAUGGUGCGGAUGAUUACUAUCCGAACAAUCUUGCCUCGGACAGUGGUGUGCUGACGGACGAUCAGCAAGGAGACGAUGGCGGUGAUGGCGGCAAUGAGCCCGGGAUGGCCGAAGCACUCGUUGCGAUGCAGGAAGUGAAGCAGCUACAAUCCAUCCUGCUCCUUCAUCUCGAUCUCAUACAAGAGCAGGGCGAUCAGAUACUGAACAAGGACAAAAUGAUCAAUCGGCUAAAGGAUGAAAACGAUUUGCUGAAACACCAGCUCGAUCUGGCCAACCGGCGCAUGUCGCUGAUGAUGAUGCAGCUGCAACAGAACGGACUAGCGCUGCCGGUCGACGAUCAGCAGCAGCAGAUGCUAAUGCAACAACCGAAGCAGGAAGGAACCGUUUCACCGCUCACGAUCCGCAGCCAGAUGGAAAAUGGACGCUUGCGGACGAUCAUCAUGAAAUCUUCCGCCUCGCCACCGUUCGUUUCGUCCAGUGUGGCGGACGGUGCCCUCUUCGGACCGUGCUUACCCAUACGCAACCCGGAGGUAAGCAGCACCGUAUCACCGGCAAAGGAAGAAGACCCGGCAGACGAUAUCGUGUUGCAAAACGGUCCGCUACAGUCACCGUACUACAACAACGACGAGGAGGACGAUGAGGACGAAGAUGAGGAGGAGGAGGAGGAGGAGGAAGAUGAGGAGCAGGAAGAGGAAGAUGAGGAGCAGGAGGAGGAAGACGAGGAACAUUACGGGCAGGAAGAAUUCCACACGGAAAAUAAUGAAGUUGACGGGGAAAUCUUUCUGAACUACUCCAAAUCGGACGAUGAUGAAUCUCUUUCGCCUCGGAUGAAUGACGAUUUCGACGAGCAGCAGGAUGAGGAGGAUGACGAGGCGGAGGAAGACGAGGCGGAGGAGGGUGAGGCCGAUGAUGAGCUGGAGCAGGAGAUGUACAAUGAGCAACAGCUUCAGUAUCAGCAGCAGCAGCAGCAGUUUAUGUUGCUGCAGCAACAUCAACCGCAAGUGUACGAGCAUUACGACGGAAUGCAACCGCAACCGGAAGAGAUGGAUGAAGGGGAGGAGGGCGAGGACGAGGAGGAAGAGGAGGAGGAGGAGAUGGGAGAGGGUGGUUAUGAGUUGAACGGUGAAAUGGGCGGUGAGGAGGAUGCGAUGCAGUACGCUAGUGACGAUCAGGGCAACUACGACGACACGCCGAUGUUGAUGAUCGAUGACGGAGCCGUGGAAGUGACGAUGGAAACCGAUUCGCCCGCAUCCCAAGAAUCGUCCCAAGAUUCGCAAGAAUCGUCUCAAGAUUCACAAGACUCGCAGGAGUCACAGGGUUCGCACACGCAGCAUCCAACCCACGGGAUGGGUGAGCUCGAGGUGAACGUGCCGUUCGUGGAAAGUACGGUCGGAAGUGAAGGCGAGCAGCCGGAAGAUGAUGAUUGUAAGGAGGUCCCGCUGGAUGGAGCCGAAAUGGCGGUGGACGGUGAUGUGGCUCAAUCUACCGAGAUAACAACCGGCGCAAUACAGCAGCAGGACACCCGAAGGAUGGCAGAAGCAGCGGAAGGAAGCGAGCGAAAUGCGCCGGAAAAGCGUAGCAAUGGUCCCGGUGGUCCUUCUUCGCGUCAGUUCAAUCCCUCGCUUCACUGUCCAUCGGGCAACUCUUCCGACGGUAGUAUGGCGGGCAAGAGAAACUGUAAACCGACCGCCGCUUACAUGGUCACGCAGAAGGAGUACAUCUGCUGCAGCUGGAAGGAUGACGCGGUUACCGCUGAGCUGGAGAAGCUACUCUCGAACGAAGCGGCGGAGCUGGAAAUUCCUUCCUGGACGGUUAUCGAGGACGAUGACGAUGAACCGGCAGGUGGGCGUGAUCACCCGCCGGCCGGUGAGGAGGACCCCGUCUCGGCCAGUGAACCAUCCCGCGAAAACAUAACCGACGAAGCGUACUCCAAACGACACAUCAAGCUCGAGAUCGAUGAACGGCGCCGGAAGAAAUGGGACGUGCAGCGGAUACGCGAACAGAAAAACAUCGAACGGUUGAAGAAGCGGCAGCUGAAGGAACAACCGCAGGAACAGGAAGCGCAGAAAACGAUCACCACCCUCUACCCGACGGUGGACACGCUCAAGUACAUCCAGGUGACGGACGACGUGCCGGUGCAGGCGUUCGGUGAGCUUAUUCCGCUACUACCGACGAACGGGAGCUUUUCCCUACCGUGGAACCAGCUGAAGGCGGGCCCGUCCUUUGCAAAUCCCCAAUCGUCGUAUGCCUCCUCCUCCUCCUCGUUACAGCAUCCACCCCAUACGCCAUCCCUACCGGGACCAUCCGGCACGAGCAGUAUCGGUGGUUUGCUACUGGAGACGAAAACCAAAUUCAUACACCGGUUGGCACCGAGCCUGCAGGCGCAAAAGCAACGCUUUACCAAGCGAAUCAAGAAGGAACUGUAAACCACCCACACAUUUUCCAACCCAUGCACGUACCCUCCCACUUUUGAUUUUAUCUUUUGAUUCACACUCGGUUUUUAUUAUAAUUUCUCGUCUUAAUUUAACUCGAAAUGUGUGCGUGCGUGUCCGGCAUGUUUGUUUGUCACAUUUUGCAGAACAAGUGGAAAUGCAUUUCCGCUUUGUGUGGAAAUUGUGUGAGGAAAAUAUUUUUGUCGUUGUUGUUUUUCGCUUUGUGCGGUACGUUUUAGUGUAUAAGUGAAGUGAUGCUUCUCUCUUUCCGUGCUUUUUUGUUUGUUGUACUUUUUAAAUCUCACCUCACCACAACCCACUCAUCUAGUGUUUAUUGUGCUUUUUCUCAUCACCAUGUGUCUCUGUGCGUGUUUGCCACGUAGAUUUGUGAACAGAACAAAAAUAGGAAACGGUGUAACGUGUUUUAGUUGGCGACCUGGGGCGGGUGGGAGAGAAGUAGUAUAAGGAGGUAGUAUGGCUGCGAGGAGGAUAAUACAGUGGAUACAAAUUUGAUGACUGUAGGCAAGACGAAUAAAGCUAACUAGCGUUAGAAUAUGAUGUAAA